GCCGCGGAGCAUAAAUCCCCUGCGCGGCCCAGCCAGCCCUCGGGGCCACCAUGUCCCUCUGGCGGGGCGCGCUCUGUCCCCCCGCACUCCAGGGCAGAGGCUCCAGCGACAUCUUCUUCCACGUGGUGACCCCCGACCGCAUCCCGCAGUUUGUUAUCCCGUCCCUGGACACGCACAAGAAGCAGCGAUGCUCAGGCAAGGGGACGGAGGAGGGGACAGGGCAGCUGGAGGGGACGGCUUGGAGGAGCAGCUGGGACCCAGCGGUGCAGGAUGAGCACGGCUCUAACUCAUCCUCUUUUAACUCAUCCUGCGCCAACCCAGACCCCACUGCUUGGGCAGCUCUGUCCCUGCCGCACCUCCCCAAGGUCACCACGCCGUACGGCUUUGUCGCCCUGGGGCGGAGCCCGCAGGUCACCGCUGAGGAGGCGUUUUUUCACUCGGGCUCAGGCCACGCUCGGGGUCCUGCUGCCAGGACACGUCCCAGCUGCAGACAUCUCGGGAUUCCUGCUGCUGAGGAAGACUCCGGGAUGGGAGGAAGCCAGAGAGACCACAAGCAGCCAAGUCCCCGUGCCAGCGGUCACAAGGACGAUGGAAGCAGCCCGACCCCAGCAGGGCUUCCCCUGCCCAGAUGUGCCAGAGACAUCCGAAUAACAGAGGCUUUGGAAAGCCAAGAGGGAGGGAAGAGGGACAGGAGGCUCCUGGGCAUGGACUGUCCGAGGAGCAGCUCCCUGGAGCUCCCCGUGGCGACAGCCAGGAAGAAUUUGUUCCAGAGGAUCCUCAGGAGGCACCUUGUCCACCCACGGCAGCUCAAGCCUGGGCAUCUCACUCUCCACUGAUCCUGCUAAAGCAGCUCCCAGGAGCUGAGGUUCCCUAAAGACCUGGGGAAGAGACACUUCUGUCAAUGCCUCAGAACGCUGAGAGCAUCAGGGUGUCACCUUCCCUGAGGGGACCGCCUUGAGGUGACAUUGCUGCAGGGCACAGCUGGGAGGGACACGGCAGUGCAGGGGAGCAGAGGGGCUGUGGGUUUGUCACUGCUCAGGGCCUGAAUAAAAGUGCAAACAUUUCAUCUGA